AUGCACAAUAUUCUCAAAGCCCUCGUUAUCCCUGGUUUGCUUGCAGUGCCAGUCUUUGCCCGGGACGUCCCGAGCAAUGUGCGAUCGCUCUACGACUCCAUAAGGUCCAGCGGAUCUUGCUCCAAUGUUCUCAAGGAUGGGUUUUAUAGUCAAGAGGGUGACACUAGAGAUUUCUGCUAUUGCGGUGACCACCUUGCCUCGGAUGGUAUCAUAUAUCUCCAAGGCAAAGGUGGCCAACUUGUCAACAUGGAUAUUGAUUGCGAUGGCGCCCUUGGCACAGGCGACGGUAGUUGCGAUAGCUCUACUGACACGCAAGGCAAUACCACGUUUCGCGAUACUGUUCAAAGCUACAAUAAGGGAAUAGACGACCUAAACGCUUAUGUUCAUUCUUUUGUUGUCUUGGGUAACCAGGGCUCGAAGGAUGGCUACGUCGAGUUUGACCCCCAGUCUGUUGGCAUUGAGCCCCUCUCCAUCGUUGCGGUUGUAUGUGCUGAUAAGAUGAUUUACGGCGUGUGGGGUGAUACAAAUGGUGAUGAUGGGCUGCCGUUGAUUGGCGAAGUGUCUGUCUCUCUUGGACAUGCGUGUUAUGGAGAUGCGGUUAACGGUAACCAGGCUCACGAUGCUAACGACAUCCUCUACAUUGCAUUUACCGGCCAGGAUGCUGUUCCGGGUGCGGAUGGUGCCAAGUGGGAUAGCGCCACAUUUGACGAAUUCGAAGCAUCCCUGCAAGCGCAAGGCGAUCGGCUGAUUGCUAAACUUGGUAGUGGAACUGGCACAGCGAAAGCAAAACCCUCCAAGACUACUUCGACCAAGGGUGGCUCGUCCCCAACUUCUCCCGGUGGCGGGAAUGGUAGUCUUAACCCAAACUGCGCUCCAGGCGGCAAUUUUGACUUGGCCUACUUCAACCUCCAACUUCCUGUGGGCGGACCGGACAUUAUCAAGAGUAAGCAGCUUCAAGGAUGCGGCGGCUAUACCGGGGAUACAUUCUUCACGGAUAAAAGUACUGGUGAAAUGGUCCUGCUAGCCCCUGGCAACCCUGACCUCACUGGGUGUGCAACCACCUCUGGUAGUGCGCAUUGCCGAACCGAACUCCGUGAAGUCGUCAAGGGCAGCGGUGCUAAUGCAGCGUGGUCCCCCAAGGGUAUCAACUCGUUGACCGUAACGAUGAAGGUUGUCACGUCGGAUGACGGAACCCACGGCACUGCUAUUGGCCAGGUAUUUGCAAGCGAAGCUAGCAAACCGUUAGCUGAGAUGUACUACAGCCCCUCCGGUGAUAUUGUCGUCGGUGUUAAGCCAGAUGCAGACAGCGACCAGGUCGUCACUAAGCUCGGCAAUGUCGCUCUGGGGACUAAAUUUACCUAUUCACUCAACUACUCCAACGACAAGCUCAGCAUCUCCAUCAAUGGCAAAGCUACUGCACUCGAUACUUUUAGCUGGGACUCUCCCGCCUGCUACUUCAAGUCCGGUAACUAUAACCAGGGUAAGUCGGCUGCGAGCUCCGAGGUGCGCAUCUACAGCAUCAAUGUUGUCCAUAGUUGAGUAAGCGCCACCGUUACAGCAUUUGGAGGACUCUUUGUUUGAAGUUUAAAUUUGCAAGUUCUAUCCACAUGUCAUUCACCUUAGGCUUUUCUUUUUACAUGAUUGUAGAUGGUAAUUUGAAUAAAGAUACGGGUUUACUUGCCCUAAUAGCAAAAAGAAGUCACCUAUGUAGCACAAAUCUUAUCCCAUUAUAAUUUGACUAGAAUGCUCAGGACACCUCCACAUAUACCGCCUCUAAAAUCGUCUACUUCGCACCGGGAGCUAAAGAAACAGCCUCCUUAACAAACACGGCCCUAGUAGCUUGCAGAUUAUGCGUAGCAUCGAUCCCUCGGAAGGCUUCGCAGAUUUCCUCCACAGUGGCUCGAUGCAGCCCCAUAGAUUUGAGGGUCAUACCAGUGCCUCGGAAAGGGGUAUCCCGGAGCGUAGAGGCGAGGAGGAUAACAAGAUCAAUAAAGAGAGUAGGAAUAGCGGCUCUGGCCCCCAAUUCGGAGCAGAGAACUAGCCAGUAGGGAACGUCUUGGUCGAGGAAUCGUGUUUGAAUGCCCUUUGUUUUGUUGUGCGCUUCCGUGAUGCAAGCAAACUCAUUCAGUGUAGCGGCCUUUUCGUCGUAAUUGCGAUUGAACGUCUGCAGGGCGCUGUCGACGUAGCAUCCGUACCCUGCGGCCACUGCCAAGCACUCGCGAUCAACGGCUUCAAUGAUGGUACAAACGCCAGGGCUCAUGCCCUGUUUGUAGAAGUAAAAGUCGCCCUGCGUCGACUUGAUCCAGCCGACGUUCAACAGCCGGGAAGAUUGCUAUGCUUGUCCCAUUGCAGCUAGCUGGCUGAGCCCAUCAGUCACAAAUAUUAUCGCAGUUUAACAAGCGCCG